AUGGCACAAGACCAACCACAGGGUAGUUGCAGUACUGAAUCAUUUCGUUCUCCUCUUCUCCGUGAUCAAGAUGCCGAGGAUGCCUUUUGUGACCUACUCGGGAAGGUCGGCGGGAAGUGGUGGAAAAGCAUAAAACACUCUCGGGAUGUCUUCUUCAUGGAGUGGAACUGUGAACCGACAAAAGAGGAGUUGAAACACAUAUUUCUGGGUUGGCCGGAAGAAAGGAAAGAACUAGAAGGUGAUGCUGCUCAGAUUGACGUCUCUGGUGGAAUUUUGGUGCUGGAAUAUGAUGAUGAGGGUGACAUGCCUGAAGACAUAGGGAGACUUCGGAUGGCGGUCAACAUGCAGGAAAGAUUCAAUGCCACAUACUAUCCUAACCCAGCGCGGUAUACUCCUCUCGCAGAUCUUUACCGUGGAAGACACAUCAAGGGAAGCUCGGAACAGUCACUCAUUUCACCAGAAAUGGCAUAA